AUGCAUGCGUCUUCUGAAACCGGUCUACCCUAUUCCACUAAACGAAUGAACUGGCCCGACGGCAAAUCUAUCGGUUGGCUGGACAUGGCAUUUCUGCUGACAAGCCAAAGACAAGCUGUCAUUGAAAUCAGCGGAACAGAGGCUGUGUUGAGGUCAAUAAGAAGAGGGCCGAGAAGUUGUGCAAGAACUUCGUGGACACGAUAG